GGAGCCUGCAGCUGCUUCAACUAUUGAACUCCUCCAUUCGUUUGCCCCAUACAACGAAAAUUGGGUGAUGGAAAGUGGAGGGAACUCCCUUCCAUCAGGGUCAGAUGGUACGAAGAGAAAGGUUUCGUAUUUCUAUGACCCAGAGGUUGGAAACUAUUAUUAUGGGCAGGGGCACCCAAUGAAACCACAUAGGAUUCGAAUGACACAUGCUCUUCUAGCCCACUAUGGAUUGCUUCAACACAUGCAGGUCCUGAAGCCUACUGCUGCUAAAGACAGGGAUCUCUGCAAGUUCCAUGCUGAUGAUUAUGUGGCUUUUUUGAGGGGCAUCACCCCUGAAACACAGCAAGAUCAGUUGAGACAGCUGAAGAGGUUUAAUGUUGGCGAAGACUGCCCUGUAUUUGACGGUCUUUACUCUUUCUGCCAGACAUAUGCAGGAGGUUCUGUUGGUGGUGCUCUAAAAUUGAACCAUGGAGUAUGUGAUAUUGCAAUAAAUUGGGCUGGUGGUCUACAUCAUGCAAAGAAGUGUGAGGCUUCUGGGUUUUGCUAUGUUAAUGACAUUGUGCUGGCUAUUUUGGAACUCCUCAAGAUACACGAGCGUGUUCUAUAUGUUGACAUUGAUAUCCACCAUGGUGAUGGUGUAGAGGAGGCCUUUUACACCACUGAUAGGGUCAUGACUGUUUCGUUUCAUAAGUUUGGAGAUUACUUUCCUGGAACAGGUGAUAUUCGUGAUAUAGGAUAUGGUAAAGGGAAAUAUUAUUCACUAAAUGUUCCCUUGGACGAUGGAAUUGAUGAUGAGAGCUAUCAGUCCUUGUUUAAGCCAAUAAUGGGAAAGGUUAUGGAAAUUUUUAGGCCUGGUGCUGUUGUGUUACAAUGUGGUGCUGACUCUUUAUCUGGGGACAGAUUAGGUUGCUUCAAUCUUUCCAUAAAAGGUCACGCAGAGUGUGUCAAAUAUAUGAGAUCUUUUAAUGUUCCCCUUUUGUUGCUGGGGGGAGGUGGCUAUACAAUAAGAAAUGUGGCACGCUGUUGGUGUUAUGAGACAGGUGUUGCUCUUGGGAUUGAACUUGAUGAUAAGAUGCCUCAACAUGAGUAUUAUGAAUAUUUUGGUCCUGACUAUACUCUUCACGUUGCUCCAAGUAACAUGGAAAACAAGAAUGCCCGACUAUUAUUGGAUGAAAUAAGAGCAAAACUUCUUGAUAAUUUAUCUAGGCUUCAACAUGCCCCAAGUGUCCCAUUCCAGGAGCGACCACCUGACACUGAGCUUCAAAAGAGAGAUGAAGAUCAAGAUGACAGAGAUGAAAGAUGGGAUCCUGAUUCUGACAUGGAGGUUGAUGAUGAUAGAAAUCCUGUUCCCAGAAGGGUGAAAAGCGAAUGCGUUGAAGCAGAGCAUAAAGAUGCGGAAAGUUGUCAUAAACAUCUAGAAUAUGCAAGAGACAUUCUCAUGCCUUUCAAGGAGAUUGCAUGCUCCAAGGUGUUGGGGGUGGACUCAAUGGCGGUGGAUGAACCAUGCAUCAAAGAAGAGCAGGAUAAUAUAAAAGAGCUUUCUGAUCACAGGUCAAGAUGAAGCAACAAUGAGCAUUGAUGAACCUUUCCCUAGCUAGUUUAUGUCGUCGACCAGUAAAUUGUAGUUUCCUCUUACAACAGUCUGGCAUUCAUUAUCUGAUGUUUGCGGUAUUUCAGAUUUUUGCUUUAUCUGGAAACUGAAGAGAUAUAAUGCAAGUUUGCCUUGGCUUUUGAUGUUAAUAUUACUGCAAGAUAAAGCUGUGUUGCCACUAAUGGUAGAAGUUCCUUUUU